AUGGCGACGCCGAGGGUGGCGGAUGGCAAAUACACCGAGACCAUCUAUGGCAUGAUCAAGGAGAAGCAGUACCAGCAGGCUGCCAAGAUCCUGCAGGUUCAGCUGCACAACCACCCAAACUCACAAGCAGCGCUGUCGUUGUUGGCAUACUGCUACUUUCACAUGCAAGACUUUUACGGCGCCGCAGAAUGUUACGAGAGGCUGUCCAACGAGUUUCCCGAGUAUGACUGCUACCGCCUCUAUCACGCACAGGCGCUGUACAAAGCGUGCCUGUAUGAUGAGGCCAUGGACGUGGUUGUCAAGCUCGAUAACCCAGACCUGCACACAGAGAUCAUGAAGCUACAGGCUGCUAUUGCUCACGGCAAGGAGGAUCUUGCAGCAGCACGGUCGAUGGUUGAACAGUGCCCGCCGGAUGAUGUCGACACAGUGGUCAACGAGGGUUGCCUGCUUGUUGCGGAGAGCCGGUUUGAGGAAGCGCGGGAGAAGUUUCAGCAGGCCAUCAACCUCGCAGGUAGCUACCAGCCGCAGCUGUCGUACAACAUCGCCCUCUGCCACUACCGCCUCAAGCAAUACGCGCAGGCCUUGAAACACAUUGCGGACAUUAUUGAGCGCGGCAUUCGCGAGCAUCCGGAGCUGUCGGUCGGAAUGGCGACAGAGGGCAUUGAGGUCCGCAGCGUCGGAAACACAAAGGUGCUGCACGACACGGCGCUGAUUGAAGCGUUCAACCUCAAGGCCGCCAUCGAAUACGACCUCAGAAACGUUGACGCUGCGUGCGAGGCGCUGACGGACAUGCCGCCGCGCCUGGACGAAGAACUCGACGCGGUCUCGCUGCACAACCAGGCGCUCAUGAACAUGGAGGACGACCCGGAGGCAGGGUUUGAGAAGCUCCAGUUCCUGCUGCAGCAGAACCCGUGCCCGCCAGAGACGUUUGGCAAUCUCCUGCUGCUGUACUGCAAGUACGAGCACUUUGAUCUCGCCGCAGAUGUCAUGGCAGAAAACUCCGCUCUCACAUACAAACACCUCUCAAGGUACCUGUAUGAGUUUCUUGAUGCGACCAUCACACGCCAGGCGUCGCCAGAGGAGGCGUUCCGGCGGUUCGACGAUAUGGCCGUCAAGCACACGGAGAAGCUGCGCACGCUGACGCGGCAGGUGCAGGAGGCCCGCCAGCAGUCGGACGACGAUGCUGUCAAGCGCCACGUCAACGCCUACGAUGACGCCAUUGAGCGGUACAUCCCCGUGCUCAUGGCGCAGGCCAAGAUCUACUGGGACAUGAAGAACUACGUGCAGGUCGAGAAGAUUUUCCGCAAGUCUGUUGAGUUCUGCAACGAGCACGACGUGUGGAAGCUGAAUGUGGCGCACGUGCUGUUUGCGCAGGCCAAGUACAAGGAGGCCGCUGAGGAGCUGAUGCGCAAGUUGGAGCGCGAGGAGGAGAACUCCAUGUACGAAGAUCCGGACAGGAAGGUGUACCACCUGUGCAUCGUCAACCUUGUCAUCGGCACCCUCUAUUGCGCAAAGGGCAACUUCCAGUUUGGCAUUUCGCGGGUGAUCAAGAGCCUGGAGCCGUACGACAAGAAGCUUGGAUGGGAGACGUGGUCUUACGCAAAGCGCUGCUUCCUCGCCCUCACAGAGGGAAUGGCCAAGCAGAUGAUCACCCUGCCGGAUCCCGUCUCCAUGGACAUUGUGGACUUUUUCGACGCAUGUGAAGAGCACGGGCGCGUGAUCCCAACGCUGGACCAGCUGCCGCUGUUCUCGGACGAGCCCAUUGAUCUUGGCCGCCACACGAUCGCCUUUGAGGCGCGGUAUCUCAAGGACCUCUUCCAACGCGUCCUCCGCACCUGA